CGUCAUUUUAUGGUGCAUCAUUAUCUUAUAGCUAAUUGUAAAAAUUAUUUUUUUACUAAUAAUACAAUUAAUCUAUUAACGUAUAAAGUUUGGUAAAUGACGAGUGAUAAUUAUCAAAUACAAAAUAUAUUAAACUACACAAGAAAAUCCUACAAAAGUCGAAAUGGGAUGUCCUUAGAAGCGUUUAGUGCUAGAACUGAAGACGUAAAUGAAGAAUUGCUCGAAUCGCCAAGGAGCGAUAGAGUGGCUGCAGAUACUGCAAGUUGUAGUUGCGAUUUAGAUACAGAAGUGGAAAUAGCUAACAUUCUUCACAAAAAAUGUCCUGUUAUAGCAUUAGCUCAACAGCAACUUCAACGACUUCUGGACGAAACUGAUAAGUUACUUUGUGAUAAUACACAGUGUUGCAGGUCGAUCUAUGAUUAUUUCCUUUUAGGUAAGGAAGUAUUAUGGAAUCAAAAUAAAUGCCAAUGUACGCUUAUAAUCAUGAUAAUAUUCACAUUUAUCGUCGGCCUUAUACUUGGUGCUGCUUCGUGUGGAACGAACCUGCGGAAAUUCAAUAGCCCUCUUCUUACAUGCAUUGAUAACUAUUUUAUACCUGAAAGUUAUUCAGCUCAUGACGAUUUAUUUAGUGCUAUUGUUUGAAAUAUCUGUAAGUCUUGUCGAAAUGUAAAAAAAAUUAACCAAUCUUAACACAUAAAUUAAAAUUCCUAAUAUACACACAU